AUGGCCCAAAACGUUAAUCCAAGACUCGAAGGUAGUUCGUCAAACUCUCCGAAACGGAGUGAAGAUAUGAACGACAGAAUAGAAUCGAAUAAAGUCGUCCAAAGAUUGCAAAAAGAAUUAAUGAGUUUGAUGAUGUCAUGUGAUGAAUCAGUAUCAGCUUUUCCAGAUGGUGAUAAUCUCUUUAGAUGGGUUGCCACAAUAGUUGGACCUAAAGAUACUGUAUAUGAAAAUUUAAAAUACAAAUUAAGUAUGGAAUUUCCGCGUGGCUAUCCAUAUAAACCACCAACCGUUACUUUCUUAACUCCUUGUUUUCAUCCUAAUGUGGACUUUGCAAGUGGUGCCAUAUGCUUGGAUAUUUUAAAAGAAAAAUGGUCUGCUAUGUAUGAUGUCAAAGCAAUACUUAUAUCAUUACAGUCUCUUCUUGGAGAGCCAAAUAAUGAAAGUCCUUUAAACGUUAAAGCAGCACAAAUAUGGCCGAGACAAGAAGUUUUUAAAGCAACAUUAUUAAGUACAUACAAAGAGCCUGAAUCAACCUAA